AUGGCCAUGCCAGAAAAAGAAGCUGUGCGAAUGCAGCAGCUCGAGUUCCUGCUCCAGCGCUCGGGCAUCUACUCGCGCGUGAUGGGCGACAAGCUAGAGCGUGGUGCUGCGGGACCUGCGGCGAAGCGGCGUCGCACCGAGACCGGCGUCGGCGGCCUUGCGUCCAUCUCUCGGCGGGAGCAGCCAUCCUUGCUCUCCGGCACAAGACUGAAAGCGUACCAGAUGGACGGGCUUAUUUGGCUCUCGAGCUUGUUUGAAAAUGGCCUGAAUGGGAUUUUGGCCGACGAGAUGGGGCUUGGCAAAACUGUGCAGACGAUUGCAUUCCUGACACACUUGUAUGAGCAAGGAAUUCAUGGCCCGUUUCUCAUUACAGCGCCGCUUUCGACCAUGUCGAACUGGGCGGACGAAUUUGCCAGAUUCGCGCCCGCCAUUCCCACACUCUUAUACCACGGCACAAAAGAGGAGCGACGUUUGCUACAAAAAAGCAUUACAGCCAACGCGUCUGUUGUAAUUACUAGCUUUGACAUAAUUUUGCGUGACCGCGCGUUCCUUGGCAAGCCAGAGUGGAAGUUUUUGGUGAUCGAUGAGGGCCACCGCCUAAAGAACCUCAACAGCCGCCUACUUCGUGAGCUCAAGCAAUUCAAGACGAGUAAUCGGUUGAUCCUGACGGGUACGCCGCUGCACAAUAAUCUUGCAGAGCUCUGGGCACUGCUAAACUUUGUGCUUCCUGCCAUUUUUGACGACCUGGCCACGUUUGAAGAAUGGUUCAACGUUGGCGCUGCCGACCAAGGCGAUAAGAAGUCAGUCACCAGUUCUUUUGCUACGUGGACAACUGAGACAGCAACUCGUGUUGUGAAGCAGCUGCACGAUAUCCUAAAACCAUUCUUGCUCCGGAGAGUCAAGGCCGAAGUCGAGCAAGGUAUACCGCCUAAGAAAGAGUACCUGUUAUACACGCCAUUAUCAGCGACACAGGCGGCCAUGUACAACCAUACAGCGCGUGGAACUAUACGUGCUUGGCUUGUUGAACACAUGUCUGGCCUCACGCAUUCUCAGAUCGCAGCACUGCGCAAAGCGUCGUCGAAAAAAGCGCCCCGCGAAGCCAAAGCGUGGCAGGCGCUGCAAGAUGCUGAACGGCGCGUGCGAGCAAUGCGCCAUGAAAAUAUACCCAUGCAUCUGCGCAAAAUUUGCUGUCACCCCUACCUGAUGGACUGGCCCACAGCCGGCGAUUCGGAUACGCUACGCGUGGACAAGCACAUUUGCCUACUGAGCGGGAAAAUGUGCAUGCUUGAGCGUAUUCUCAAGGCACUAUUUGCGCACGGGCACCGUGUGCUUGUUUUCUCGCAGUUCACUACGAUGCUCGAUAUCUUGGAGCUUUGGGCUACCGAUCUGCAUCACUGGACUCCGUACCGGAUCGAUGGCAGUACUCCGCAAGCGCAGCGCGCAUCCCAGGUAAAGGAAUUUAAUGAGCAUCCAGAAAAAGGGCGUUUGUUUCUUUUGAGUACGCGUGCAAGUGGACUAGGCAUCAACUUGGUCGGCGCGGAUACGGUUGUGUUCUACGAUAGCGAUUGGAACCCACAGGUGGAUUUGCAAGCACAGGACCGGGUGCAUCGCAUUGGUCAAACCAAGCCAGUGCUUGUUUUUCGCCUUGUUGCUGCAGGCACGAUUGAACAAAAGAUGCUCCGCAAAGCAGAUGCGAAACGCAUUCUCGAAGCGGUGGUGAUACAACAAGGCAAAUUCCGCAAUCCCAUUACACACGCCGCGUUGGAAGCUGGGGAAGAAAAGCAAGAUCCUGAUGCACUACUACGGGAACUGGAGAAAACUACCGUAUGCGGAUACUCAUCGAACGACGAUGCAGCGCUGAUCUCGGAUACCGACUUGGACCGCCUCUUGGACCGCAGCGCCGAGGCAUACGCACGCCAUACUGGUUGGCAGUCUACGGACGGUGUAGCGCAAGGAUCCGGAACGCUCACGAACUCCAACACUGCUUUGUUCGAGGUGACAGAAACCAGUGCAGAGCACGCGAAUCCUGCGCUAGCGCGUCUCUUUUCGAGCGACGUGGAUGCUUCCAUUGCGGCGUCCACAUGA